ACUGCCUUUUCAAACAACUUUCGAUUAGACACUUUGUAACCUAUAUUUUUUAAGUGCCUUGAGCAUUUCUUGGUAAGCUUCCGGUAAACGCAAGGUUUUCACUUUUACAACACACUUCCAGAUCAUAAGGCAGAAAACCCGAAAAAAACACACCCCACAAAAAUAAAAAAAAAAUCUCAAAUUGGCCAAGCAAAAUUACGAAAAAAGGACGAUUAUCAAAAUAGGCUCGCAGCGAACACCUCCCGUUGGCUUCCCUUUUGGCUAGACCAAAUUGCUCGUUACCCUUUCGGAGACCACCGUCAAUAGGAACCACACAGCUACAGUACGACUGCUACAACCACCCCCACCCCUACUUCCACUCCCACUCCCAGUGUACCCCAUAGUACCUGCUCCUUGGAGGCCCUGGCAUGCAGCAGAACAUCUGGAGCUCCCCGCAGGUGGGCGGAUCCGGCGGGGCGCUGAAGGCCCUGGCCCGGAAUGUGGCCAACCACCUGAAGCUCAACCGCACCGCCAUGAAGCGGGUCGUGGCCCAGGUGGUGGCCGAGCACCACAGCCUGGGCGAGGUGGCCGACUACAAGGGCCACAUGUACUUCGCCAAGCCCGACCGCCUCAACUUCACCGAGCUGAUCGCCCAGUCCAAGGAGGCCUUCGACGACCUGCUGCUCCACGAGCCGCGUCUGGUGAAGAGGAUCCAGGCGCAGCCCCAGGUCAUGGGGAGUCCGAGGCCCAAGUUCCAGCGCCUGAAGUCCCCGUCGCGCCAGCGGGCGUCCGUCAAGGCCUCCGUCAAGGCCUCCGUCAAGGCCGCCCGCUCGCGGAUCCUGAAGAUGGCCAAGUCCCAGCUGAUGUGCGGCAGCAAGGUGGCGCCCCCGCCCCGGAAACAGUGCUCCCCGUCCCCGAAGAAGCGAAGGAGCCGCUCGGGCAUGAGGCUCCACCGCAAGAAGAGCUCCACCACGGAGUUCCAGCUGGAGGACGCCGGGACCGUGCGCAGCCUGAACGGGGUCAUCAUCGAGGACAACCACCUGCCGCAGGUCGGCGAGCACCGGGAGAUCCUCCUGCACGUCCCCCAGGCUGCGGGCCCCGCCAAGAAACUACGCCGCCGUGGACGGCGCACCAGUAAGCUCCACGUGUCCCAGCAGGACCUCGGCAAAGCGCCGUCGAUGGAAGCCGCCCCCAAGCCGACGCCCGCCCAUCCUGCAUCCGCCAAUCCCGGCUCUGCAAGAAGAGUCCUUUCCAGGCGCUCGCAGCGGCAGAUAAACGCAGGCGGAAGGCGGCUGGUGGCCGGCUCCAUUCCCAGUCCACAGCCCAAUCCCCAUCCGAUCCAGCAGAAGCAGCAGGCGCCCAGCAAGAAGCCACCCGUCAAGAAGAAGUUCAUGGCCCCCCGGCACCACAAGAAGACGCUGCCACUCCUCCAGAGGACCUACGAGAAGCCCUGGCUGGUGCGGCGGCGCAGGAAGCGCCUCUCCGGGGGCUACCAGAAGACCAAGCCGGCCACCGGGAAGGCCGAGACCGUUGCCUCCGUCUCCGUGGCCGAAAAGGAGCCCGAGCGGUUGGACAAGAUCAGCGUGGAGUGGGUGGAGAAGAACUCGGAGAAGGAGGAGAAGAGCGAGCACUCGGUCAGGAGCAAGGAGGAGCCCAAGGUCCAACGACCCUCGGGCCGGCGACAGAUGCAGUCCCACGUGGGCCGGCAGAUGCGGAACGUGAACUUCCCCUGGUACACCCCGUACCAGUUCCAGGGGGCGGCCGGCGCCACCAGGCACCCCAACAUGGAGGCCGGAAUGUCCGCCCACCGGCUUAGCCUGCAGAGGAGCCACCUCCUGAACACCCGCCGGAACAUGUCUGCCACGCCCAUUCCGCCGCUGAAGCGGAAGCAGAACUUCACGACGCGGCAGCGCCACCACCGCAGGAUGCAGGAGCGGUUCCUGCGAGACCUGCAGCGGGAGGAGGCCAUCGACGAGCCGCAGAGCAACGGCUCGGGCAUGUUCCGGCGGCGGAGGGUGUGGCAGCAGCAGCAGGAGCCGCAGGACGCGGGCGGGAACAGUGCCCCGACGAAGAGCAAGGCGGCGUCGCCGGAUCGGAAGUCUCUGGAGCGUGUGAGCUCGCGAACGAAGCGGUUCCGCCAGCCCGCCGCCUCCGGUGAAAGGAUCUCGCCUGCCCGGGUCACGGGAGGAGGGGUGGGAGGAGCUGGCGGAACAGUGGGAGCUGCAGCAGGUCCUGCGGCCAGUGCAUCCUCCGCUCCCAGCCCCCGCCGCCGCCGCCGCAGGAACCGCUACGUGCCCGUGGGCAGCAGCCUGGGCAGCAUCGCCGGCCUGGGGGCAGGACAGCCGCAGGACUCGAAGCACUCCCUGACGCCGGCCAAGCGCCACCUGACGAUCGCCUUCAUGAACAAGCGGGAUGAGCGGGGCCACCACCGCCAGGCAACCCAGCACUGGAAGUAGUCCCGCCCCGGCCUCCACCGCCAGCACCACCGAGGCCCCCGAUCUGCCCCCCACCCCCGACAGGUCGCCUCGCGGAGCGCCAGCCUCUCCCCCCAGGGCCCCUUUUCCAUGUUUUUUGGAGAGACUAUGUAUUCUGUUCGUUUGUUGGAGCUCAAUAAAUUAUCAAGUUAUCGUGGUGA